AUGACGCGCAAGGGAGUGCUUCAUAAAAAACUGCCGAUUCCCUGGAAGAGCAUCUUGACGUCUCCAGUGCUGUGGGCCUUCGCUGCACUCUUUGUCACCUUGGACUGGACGUAUUACCUCCUGAUCACGUCGCUGCCACAAUACGUCGCCAACGUCCUGCACUUCAACAUAGAAAGUAAUGGGCUGCUGUCCGCCAUUCCACAAAUAGCCGCGGUGGUAGGGAGCCUGCUCUUCGGCUGGCUCGGCGACCCGUGGUUCCGGAAGGGCUACAUAUCCAAGCUCAACGGGUUCCGCCUCAUAAACGGACUGAACACUCUGGUGCCGGCCGCCACGCUGAUCGUGGUGACUCUGGUGGACGACACGGCCGUGGUCGUGACCAUGCUGGCCAUCAGCGGCUUCUGCCUGUCCACCUACUGCGCCGCGCCCUACAUGAACAUGCAGACGACCUCGCCCAACUACUCGGGCACCAUGACGGGCAUCGUGAACAGCAUCGCCAACCUGACGGGCAUCGCAGUCCCUUACGUUGUCGGAGCCUUCACGAAUGCCGAUAGGACGCGAUCAGGAUGGGAUGCGGUGUUCUACCUGUCAGCAGGCCUGGCCGUGGCGGGCUACACCAUUUACGCCACGUGCACCAGAGCUGAGGAGCAGCCAUGGAACACGCCCCCUCCAGACGAGCAACCCAAAGAAAACUGCGAAAGAGGAAUCGACAACAUGAUCUUCGAUGGUGAUCAGAGAUCUCCUAGCUCUUCUAUUAAAGCCAACCAUGACACUGUAGAAAAUACCACGUCCUCUUCUAUUAAAGCGAACCAGCACACUGAAUACAGUACCACAUCCUCUCCUAGUAAAGCCAACCAGCACGCUGUAGACAGUGCCACGUCUGUACCUGUUGUUUAG